UGUAUCAGUACGGUGACACACAGAUUUCAAGCAAAACACAGACAGCAUUGAAAACAUAAUCACUGUCAUCAUUGUACUAGAUUAAAUAUUAAAAACUCGCUUACAGACGUCACUGUCCACAUUUAAAUACUGAAGACUCGUCACAGAUCGACGCGGGAAACAUCUUUUAGUUAAUUACAAUGGAGGAGCUUCAUAUCCAUUGUCUGAAAUGUGUCAACCGGCGAUGUAUGAUAAGACCAGAAGCUAGCAUUUCCUGUGACCUCAUGGGUUGUCCUCUGGUAUGUGGGGCAGUUUUCCACUCAUGCAAACUGGAUGAACACCGCUUACUGUGUCAGUACGAAAGAGUCCCGUGUCUGAAUCGUGGAUUUGGAUGUCCGUUUACCCUUGCCAGGGUCAAAAUGGCACAGCAUCUUGAGACAUGCCCAGCCAGCGUUGUGUGUUGCACAAUGGAAUGGAACCGAUGGCCAGUGAGUUACGCAGAUCGCAAAUCCUAUGAGAACCUGAGUAAGGAAGUUUGUGAUGUGGAGCAGCUCGAUAUGGCUUUGGCCCUUCAGGAUCAGCGCAUGUUGCUGGAGUCACUUAAAGUGGCGACCACUGUGACAAAAGCAUUGGAAGAACAAAAUCUGAACAAUUCCAGCCCGCAGGAGUCAGAUCCUGAAAAUGCUUUAGUGAUUGAUGAUUUGAAUGAAGUGGGUGAGGGAACAUAUAAUGAACCUUACCAGGAUUCAGUGGAAAAUAGAAGCUUCAAUGCUAAUUUAGACAUUCUCAAUAGUCCAAAUAAUAUUGACUUGAUUGUGGACCGUAUCAGUGGUGAGGAACAGAAUGGAGCUUGCAGUAGUGUCACAGAUGUGAAUGGAGACUUAAGGAACGACACAAAGGAAAGUGACACUGAUUCGGAUUCUGAUCUGGGAGCAGUAGGUGGAGCUGACUGUGCUUUUCCAGUGGACCUUGAGGAUGAAGGAGAUGAUUGGUUGGAGACCAGCGGAUGCAGUGAAUCUUCUGAAGAGGAAGGUGAACUGACUGACGGGAUAGAACUCAAUGGACUUCAUAAUGAAGUGAAUGGUGACAACCACCAGGUCAGACUUGAAAGCGUCAAUCGUUCUUCAAACAUUAGCCAGGUUUUACCUGAUCAUUCCAUACCUGUUCCAGAAGUGGCACAGUUGCCCCGACGAUCUCUUCCAUUGCCUAUCCCACUGCCUAACCUGAUGGACAACAAUCUUCUGCCCCCUUUGCCUUUUAGAUAUGAGGACCGAUGGCUGGAGCGCAAGUUGGAGAAUCUCCAGCUACUUCGAAGCAUGGGCUUGUUUACAAUCAAUGGGCGAAGGACUCUGUUUUCAGAUCCUUAUUUAUUUAAAUCCAAAAUGGAGGACAAAGCAGUGGACACGUCAGACCUUGAUGUGGCAGAUGAUCCAAUGGGGCUUCACGGCAUUGACCUGAUCACUGCUGCCUUGCUCUUCUGUUUGGGGGACUCACCGGGAGGUAGGGGCAUCUCGGACAGUCGCUUUGUAGAUGGAUAUCGCAUAGACUUUGGUACACAGACCUUCUCCCUCCCUUCUGCCAUAUUGGCUACCAGCACCAUGGUAGGCGACAUCGCCUCAGCAUCAGCCUGUGACCAUGCAAGUCCGCAGCUGUCCAACCCAAGUCCAUUUCACACACUCAGGUUAGACCUCGUUCUGGAGUGUGUAGCUCGCUAUCAAACUAAACAGCGCUCCAUGUUCACUUUCGUGUGUGGACAGCUGUUUCGGAGAGAUGAAUUCUCCUCCCAUUUUAAGAACGUCCAUGGGGACAUCCAUGCUGGUCUUAAUGGGUGGAUGGAGCAAAGGUGCCCGUUGGCGUAUUACGGCUGCACCUACUCACAAAGAAGGUUCUGUCCUUCAGUACAAGGUUUCAAAAUUAUUCAUGACAGACACUUAGGCUCUUUUGGAGUACAACCUGGGUUAGCAGAAGGUGAACCUUUAUCCAAAACCAACAUUUAUCAAUCUAAGUCCCACUGUGACCACCUUAGCGACUUACCCUUUGAGUUACUUCAGCACACAGCAAGCUUCUUGGAUGGCUUCAGCCUUUGUCAACUCUCCCGAGUUUCUCGCACUAUGAGGGACGUGUGUGCCAGUCUACUUAAAUCCCGUGGCAUGGUGGUCCUGCUCUGGGAAAAAAUAAAGCAAGCUGAUGGAAACUCAUCCUGGCAGAUACAAGACAAGGUGUGGAGGUUCAGUACAGCGUUUGACACUGUGAACGAGUGGAAGUUUGCCAACAUUUCCAGCAUGGCCGACCACCUCAAGACAUGCAAGUUUAACACAAUAGCGCCUCGGGAAGAGGCAGUCCCGCUCCCAUGCAUGAGUUUCACAAGAGAACUUACGAAAGAGGGACGCUCACUACGUUCAGUUCUUAAACCAGUGAUAUAGACUAUAGUCGGAUACAGAAGUGGAGUUUGUUUUCUAAUACAACAUGCCUUAUGUGUUUGAGUGAGUGGUAGGAUUUUUUUAUUUGUUGUUUUAACCGUCAUUAACACAAGCCUCAACUUAAUAAACUACUUUUGGAAGAUGUUUUUUUAUGAACAAUAUCAACCUGUUGACCUGUUAUCUACCUAUACUUGUUGAUGACGGUUGUGCUGUCCUAAGUUUUUUGAUACAGUAACUUCAGUUAUAUUCAUGUAUUGCGAUAUGUAGCUUCAAAAUUGAAACAUUGACUUGUUAAAUGGCGAUGACCAAAUGGAAAACCAUUGUCUAUUUUGGUAAUGCACGAAGACACGAUGGAUGUGUUUCUUGUAGAUCAGUGGUUCUCAACUAGAUUUACAUUUGGACCUUAAUUUACAUGAAAUCAUGACCAUACACAAUACUGGGUUUAACCCAUAUUUACUGUUGCCUUGUUCAUGUUUUUUAUAUAUACCUUGCAUGGUUUUCAAGCAAACUCUCUAUUUUGGCGUUUAAUUUGAUAGAUAGAUUUACUUCAAAGUAUAGAGUUGGAUAUAUGACAAUAUAAGAUGCUUUUAUAACUCUAUUCAUUCACUAUCCCACCAAUGCCUAACUAUAUAGUUUAUUAGAUUUGUUUAUUCACAUUCAGCAAAGUUUUUUCCCUGCUGUCACAGAAUGGACAUGUAAUCCACCAGUUAAGCACCACUGAUGUAGACACUUUUCUGAUUUUGCACAGAUUUAAAAGUAUAUAAAUAACAGUCUUAUACACUUUCUUUUUUACCAGUCUGUCAACACAGAACAGAUGUAUUUAUGAUUUUCUGUUGUUAGCUAAAUACAACAUUGUUCAUGAACACUUCCAGUGGUUAUUCUGUCAUUAAAGUAAAAUACACAUUUAUGUAAAUGUACUGUAUUUGUGUUAAUGGCUUCGUUGCGUUUUACAAUCUUCCCAAUCAUAAGUCACUGCACAAAACCUGCAGGACAGGUACAAACUGCAGCUGUAGGGUUCACUCAAUGCACAUGGUGCAUGUGCAAAUCUACAUCUCUGUUUCUCAGGGGUUUAGCGUAAAGCGCAUGCCAUUAUAGAUGGUUUAUGUGUGAGAAUCUUGAUUUGAACUGGUGAUUCUCUUCAACUUUUAAAGGUUAAACAGUUUACACUCCCUAAAGGGUUCGAUUUUACUGUAUAUUUACAGGUGUGCAAUUCCAGUGUUUGAGUUUGCUGACGUUCUGAAGGCUUGCAAUGUUUUCACCUGCCAAGAAAGCAGAUCUCUCAUUUAUGAUUAGACCCAGCAAGUUAGAUUUUUUUUUUUCCAGAGAUAGAUGUCUUGGCAUGGAUAAAUUUGGGCUGUCAGUGAAAAUCUAAUAGAGGUCUAACAAUAAUCUUAAAAUAGACUAGUCAUGAAAUAGACAUGAAUGAAUUGGACUAUUGUUAGAUGUCUGACAGCUCAAAGUUAGUCUAGUUUUAACCAAGAGAUUUAUAUUUGGACGUCUUUUAAAAUUGCUUGGCAGGAAUUAGCUGUGAUAUUUUACUCCGUGUGCAAAGUACGACAGUUUUGACAUUUGUUGAGUGAUGAAACUAGAGCAAUAUUCAGAAACAUUUGAGUUUCUGAAUAAUCUAUUUCUAGCAUCUUUGAAAAACCAGCUUAUUUUUAAAGACUUCAGAGAUUACAUCAGUCGAUGCCUUUUUCUGCAGUGAGGUUUUUUCCCUAAGGAUCAAAAUGCAUCUAUAUGUUGGCGUGAACUAUGUGGGAGCCAUAUUCUGCAUUUGAAUUUAUUUAAAUCUAUUUACUCUAGGUUUUCCAGCUAUAUAUGCAUUAAUGUAUGAGGGGACUCAGGGUUUUCAACGAAGAGCUGAGAAAAAGUUUAGAUUGGUUUGUGUUUACUAUGUGGUUGCCAUUUUAUUUCCAUUUUACCAAUUCACUGUCAUCUCCAUUUGUAAUAUGCAUGUUAAUGCCCCCUUUUUGUUGUAAAUAAUUAAAACGUUUGUCAAUCUUUUUUAUAUUAUUUAAUAAAGUGUGAAGAAACCAACA